ACAGGCCUGGAGCAUGAUUCAUACACAGUAUCGAGAACAUUGUAUUGCUCGAGCGCGAAAUUAGAACACGCAGCAGUGCAAGUGAUAGAUCGUAUUGUUUUGAUGAUAUUGAUGGAACAAGAACAUACCCAUAUAAUCAAAAUGGCUGCCUCUGUUUACGCUACGCCACCUCCGGACUUCAGCGGCGAGGAGACUGCGCUAAGUGACACAUCGAAUUCAUCACAAACAAACAGUUCAAACAAUUCCACAGUGAAAGCGUCAAAACGCUCACUGUCAUCGGCGUUCCUGAAUUCACCACAGGCACUCAACAGCGCCACCCAGCUGAGUUCCGAUAGUCUGCCAGACUUGUCCAAGAAGCGACGCAAACAACCUAUGCCCAGUCGUAUCUCGGCGAAUGGGGCAGACAACAGUGCAACUGCCAAUGCCGGAAAUCCUGAGCUGAUGGACGAAGCCGAUGAGUCUGAGAUGAACGAAGUUGAGUCCAUUGCGAGCGCUUUUGCGGAACAGCAGAAUAACUUUCAGAAAAUAUUUUUAUCCAACCUCAGUCAAUUACAAAAGCAGCAUUUGCUGCAACAACAGGUGGAUGAUCCGACCUCGAAGCGAGAUGCCAAUGAAGGACUGAACAAUGACACAAAUCCAAUCAUUUCUUUGGAUAAUCAGGACCAUUUGCUCAGCAUGGCGACCGCAGUAGAAAUCAAGGAGCAGCAGAGUGAAUCUCGCGGAACAGAAACAGCAGCUAAUAGAGCUGGAAAUUCAGAAACUAGUGUUGAUCGAAACGAGAAUGAAAUUAAAAAUCUGAAUAAUGAUGACAAAAUGGAAUCGAUCACAAACAAUCGGGGAAACAAUGAAGAUAAGCUAUCCGGAUGUGAUUACAACGAGGAGCGAACGAACACACCACCUGAGUUAAACUUGAAGAAGGAAUUUUUACAGGACACAGAAUGGGACGGUGAAAUUCGCCGAUCCUCGAUGCAGAACAUACCCAAAACAGAUGAGUGGCUAUCCUUGCCAAAUUUACCGUUCCCAUUCCCGCCGGAAGCAGCAGCUGCGCUGUCGGCUUCCGGGUAUUUACCCCACUUACCGCUACUAUCAAUGCCAUCCGUUUCUUCGUUUGGAUCAAAUGAUAGUUCCAACAGGCCAAAUGUGCCGCCACUAAGAAUAUUCAAUCCGGAAGCCUACUGCGAUCUUUGCAAUAAGGAGUUUUGUAACAAAUAUUUCCUGAAGACACACAAGGCAAACAAACAUGGAAUAUAUGAGCCCCAAAGUAACGGUACUGAUUCCCUCUCGAGCAUCGGAUCGUUUAACCCCCUUCAUCAGCUAUCUCAAGUGUUCCAACUUCAGCAACAGCAAGCGGCGCUUCAAGAACAACAAGAAAAGAACAACCAUAGCAGUCAGAAUCAAAACACGGAUAUGCCAUCCCAGCAUGCGCCGAUGAGACCAACGACAUCGCCGAAAUUGUCGGUAAACUCGAUCCAACCGACGGUUUUCUGCGACAUAUGCUUCAAGAAGUUCGGGAGUUUGAGUGCAAUGCGUAAACAUCGAAGCAAAGCCCACGAGGCAGCGAAUAAUCAUCAUCACCAGCAACAGCAACAGCAACAACCACAACUUCAGCAGUCAGUCGAAGGCAGGCAGUCGGAUUCACCGUCCGAAAUCGGCCGUAUGGCACCAAGCGUGGCACAGUUCCGUUUUCCCGAGGGUUUUCGCGAGGACUACUCUAUCGAGCAGGAGGACGCGUCGUUUACACCGCAGCCGCGCAAACUUUCCCCACUCUCGAUUCAGGCGGCGCGCGAGGCGAACUUCUCCGUUGAUAAGCUGAAACGGCUGGGUGUAAACAAUCCUGAAGCGUUUUGCGAAAUUUGCUGUAAAGAGUAUUGCAACAAAUACUUCCUGCGCACCCACAAACUCAAACGUCACGGGGUCUUUCUCCCCCCGGAGGAAUUCAAAGACGAGCGCAAUUCGUGGAACUUCGUUCAAACAAGUCCUCUCAAUUUAAUUGUGGGAGACGCAGAUGUUCUCGGGUUUCCGCCGCCGCCGCUCAAGCGGCUAACCGAUGGCGGUACGGAGGAAUUUCCAAAAUCGUCUUCUUCAUUGAAGGACGAAGCCGCGAGAAACGUUGGCGUAAUGAACGAGGAAGAAACUCCGGAAGAUAAACUCGAUGUGAAGGAAGAAAUGACUGCCGCCGAACAAGAGGCAGAGGCAAUAAGUGUAGAUCUCCAGAAGCUUCAGUCCAUGAUAAUGCAGCUGAAUGAUUUGAACAAUCAACGGAAAAUGAACUGUAGUGUUUGUGGGAAAGAAAUGGAGAACCAGUACAUGCUGCAUGCCCACAUGAUUCAGGAGCACAACAAUAUGAAUGAGAACAACAAUGGCUCGAAGACGCCUCCGGGAUCGGCUUCUAUGUCAGCGUCGCCCAAAGAGUAUGAAGUAUGCAAGCAGUGCGAUAAAGAAUUUUCCAGCGCCUACUUGUUGAAGCAACAUCUGAUGGAGGUUCACGGAACUCAAAAUGGGAGCCCCAAGAGGGAAGGUUUCAUCACACCCGAGCGUCCCAUCACUGCUGCUACCACGAUGAGUAUUCCGGCGGGAUCGAAUUAUGUUGACAGAAAGCCGACUUUUUCGAUGACUCCAACGAGCAGUUACUGCGAGAUCUGCAACAAAGAACUUUGCAAUAAGUAUUUUAUGAAAACUCACAUGCAGAGGAUGCAUGGCAUUGAAAUUGAGAAUGGGGCGCAGAUUGGGGGAGUCGUGUGCAAUAUUUGCAACAAGGAGCUUUGCAGCAAAUAUUUUCUGCGUGUACACAAACAUAACACGCAUGGUAUUGUAGAGGAGGGAGCGCCAUUGCCGCAGCCUAGAAACAACAUUGAAUCAACCGAGAGCAGUGAGGCGCCGAUCUCGGGCGAGGGUGUUUUGAAACCCGGGGAAAUCUCCGAUAUGAGCAACCGAUACUAUUCACACUUCACGGAAGUAUGUCCGCUGUGCAGUCGAAGGUUCCGCAGCUCGAAGUGGCUCAGAGCACAUCUGUUGAGUGACCAUGGAAAGAUGGGCGUGGAUAAACUUCGCGAAAUUGAGCACAAAAUUGGCAAUGGAAGCAAGUCGAGCAGUCCUUCUUUGAAAAUUCCAAACGGUGGCAUGAAUUCGAACCCCGUGGAGCAGAAAAUGAAUCCCAGAGCUUCGUUCGGAAUGAGCUCAACCGACACAAAGUUUAUGCUGAAAAAUCCGUUCUCUGGAUUGUUCGUUACUGAUCCCACCGGUGCUAAUGUUGGCCCGAAGGGAUAUCAGUGCUCGUACUGCUCAUUUGCGACUCCCUUGCUUCCUCUGCUAUUCAUUCAUGAAAGAACCCAUACCAGUUUCAAUAUUGUGCAACAACAGUUACUUCAGGAUGAAGAGGAGAGCCACGCUCAGCUACUACCAAUGCACUUAGCUGCUAUUAAAACCGAAUCAGCAGCUUCACUGACGAAAGAAACAAGUGCAUCACUUAUGCAGUCAUCAAUUCCACCCUCAUCGGAAACCCCAUCCCUGAUACAGGCGGCCUCAACUUCACUGCCACCAAUGUCCCAAGAUGGGCUCAGUUCUCAGCAAUCUUCUCCACAACAGCAACGGCAGCAGGAACGAUCUCCACAGCUGCAAAAUCCAUCACCCCGACCGACUAUCGAUGCCACAGUGAAUCCACAGGAGCAGCAGCAGCAGCAAGCGAAACCGUCGAGCCCUCCCCAUGCCAACCAGAAUGCCCAGCUCUCGGAGAUGGCAAAUCUCACCCAGCGUCCCGCUGUCUACGCUCUGCCACAGCAAAGCGGACCGCUGCUGAUGCAGUCGUUCUUGAUUGAGGAAUCAGCCGUCGAAUCACGAUCCAAGGAGGCUGCAGAUGACCAGCCGUCUGCAAACAGGUUUGUACCAGCUGUUGUAUUUUUACCUGUCAAAGAACGUAUCCAUUCGCCAAUGACAAUAUCCUUCACGCUUAGCCCGGCUUAGGGUGCACGGGGUUCUCGCAUAAAAGCAGCAUAAUUAUAUUGCUGCUCGAUACCUAUAUAUUUUUUUGCACUUUCCAAUCGGUGCGAUGAGAACCAGGUUCUAAAAUAACACAUUGAAAGUAACAAGAAGAAACAAAUCCGCAAAUACGUACACAUUAAUCAGAGAUGCAUAUGAAAGUGUAAAAGAAAAACAGGGGAGAUCACAUUUGUUCCAUCUAGAGAAGGAUAGAUGUAAGAGAAGAAAAAAAAGAAUCGAAACUUAUAAAUAUUUGACCGCAGUAGUAUAUCGUUGUGUAGCAUAGAAUGGAGAAGGGGAUAAAUGCAAAUGCGGCGUGAAGACAUGAGAGACGACAACAGGCAUCGAGCAUUUGUAUUUGUAUUUAGAUGAGUGUCUUGAACUGCAGAAUAUCUGCUGCAGAAUAUUUUUCAGUUGUUGCUGACACCUAACCUCUGCUGCUUUAGGCGAAUAAUCCUACUUUUGUCCAUAGUUAAAAAAAGAAGAAAAUCUAACAAUUAUAUUAGGUUCCCUUUAUGAAUGCUCUGCGGGCUGCUUGAUGUUGUGAGACGAAUUGAUGUAGAAAACAAGUGAACUAUUAAGCUGCUAACUAAUGAAUAUUAUGCGUAAGAAGUAAACAAAAGGAAGAAAUUCUUGGUGAUGUUCUAACAAAGUUCCUAUUAUGAGUAACACUGAUGAAAAAAAGUAAAUUAUAUCUCUUCAGAUAUGAUAGAUUUUUUAAAACAUAGUUAUCAGAAACAAAUAAGCUGGCGCAGGCAAAGUUUUGCGUAUAAGUUGCCGAGAAAGGAAGACUUCAGAUACAUUUUUUCUUAUUUCGUUUUAAACUUCGUUUAGCUGCUCAAGUGGGUAAAAUCUGAUGUAAUCCUAGUUUAUAUGAAUAUGCACUGAACCUUCUACCAAAAAAAGAACCAUUAUUCAACUCAGGGUAAAUGUAAGUACAAGCAGUGGUAUAUUUUAAAUAGAAUAUGGUGUCAAAUUGACCUACAAGCACUAGUCAAAUUUGGAUAUUCCAAUGUUACAUAAACUUACCGAACCGCUAGUUACCAAUUCAGUUUUGAGUUUGGAAGCCUAGAGUACAAUUUUAUAUGGAUAAAGCAAAACAAAUUAGAGUAAACUAAAGAUGCUAAAACGAGAGACUAGUAAAAUACCUCAGACAAAAACUAUAGAGCGUGUUAAUCCAUUACAAAUGCGAUUAUAAAAAUCCUUCGGUACGUAAUACAAAUCAAAUAAACUAGUCGCAUAUAAACAUAAGCCAGAGAAUGGCUCAUGAUCAGAUAGCUGUGAAUAUAUCAAGAAAAAAAAAACAUUAUGCAAAGUAUGAACGGUUACCAAUUUAAUGACAAAAAAUGCAUUCCAUUUGUAUAAAAGUUGUACAUAUAAACAUUAUUAUUAUUUUUAACUAUAAAUUCUACACAUCUAUUCUGUUCUAGUCUUUAGAGUACUACUAGUCAAAAGUAUGAUUACAUUACUACACCAAUAAAUCAAACCAUUUUUGUUGACAUUACUAUCUGCUUUGACCGUUAUUUGUAGUGUUAGUUUACGAUAACAGAGAUGAAAUCGGGCAAACAUCUUUUGCUUUAUUUUUACCGAGCAAAAAUAGUGGUUUCGCUAAGCGAUUACAGAAACAUCUGAAGAAGAAAAAAACCAAGAACCACUUUGCAAAAGAAGACAUUUGAAGACAAAUGAAUGGAUCGGCGAUU